UAAACGGCGAGCCCAACGACGCCAAUCAAGGUCGACGCGGACGAUAGCAGCGGCGCCAGCAUGGAGAGGACCUUCGCGGCAGUCGACGAUGGACGCGUGGCCGAGCCCGACGACGACGAGGAGUACGAGUCCGAAGACCCGGCGCCGGGGACGGCCGACCGGCGCAAGCAGUGGAACGCCGAGGACGACGCCGCCAUCUUGCAGUUUGUCAAGUCGUUUGGCACGAAGCGCUGGUCCAAGAUCGCCAAGCUGCUGCCCGGGCGCACGCCCAAGCAAUGCCGGACACGGUGGUUGAACUUUUUGGACCCGUCCAUCGACAAAGCCCCGUGGCGCGCCGACGAGACAGAGAUCAUCUUUACAGCACAAGCACGCGUCGGCAAUCGGUGGGCCGAGAUUGCCAAGCUCCUUCCAGGCCGAACGGACAAUGCGAUCAAGAACCAUUGGUACUCGACAUCGCGUCGGCGACAGCGCCAAGCUGCCAAGCAACGCGACCAGGUCAGCCGUCGCGCUGUGCGUGUGGUCAAGCCGCUUCAGAUGAAGCAGGCCGAGGAGCUCGCCAAGAAGCAAGCUGCAGCCGCUGCGGCGCCCACGUCGGUCUCCCAGCUCUUUCCACCACAGCGCCGGCUCAUGCCCAGCGACCCGGACUCGUGGACGCCGCCAGCCUUUACGCUGACCAACAAUCCGACCGCGUGGACCCCACCGGACGCCAAGCACACGAUGUGCUAUGACCAAAACAAGCUGACGCACAACGCCCCAAAGAGCCCCGACUCGUUCUCGAGCGAUGGCAUCAAGGUCAUGCCGCUGGAUCGGCCCGUCAAGCCCAAGCUGCGCGUCGACGCGCUCAAGUCUGCGUCGCGCGAGCGCAGCAACAGCGCCGACCUCUUCCUCGACUGCGUGCACUUGCUCUCGGAUAUGCCCACGUAAGCUGUGUCGCCUUUCUAUAUAUAUAUAUAUACGUGUGCUCGAUAUCUCAUGGC